AUGAACUAUAUCCCCGCUAGUGGGAGGUUCAGUGAUGGCAAACUCGUUAUUGACUAUCUCUCAGAAUAUUUCGAGCUGCCUGCCGCCCCUGCGGCCUUCCAGCCUGGCAUCAACAGCAGUGCCGCCCAAAGCGGACUCAACUUCGCCAGCUCAGGGGCGGGUGUGCUGGACACCUCUACUCCAGACAAGGGUUUCCCACUCUCCAUGCAGCUCUCAAGGUUCUCGGAACUGGGCGGGCUGCAAGCAGCAGAGCAACAGUCCGACUUCCCCCCUCUCGCCAUCGUGUCUAUGGGCACCAAUGAUUAUAUCGCGUUUCUUGCAAAGGGGAUCGACAUGGGCCGUCAGAUGGACCCCUCUGAGCUGCUACGACUGGCUGAGAUCCUUCCGCAGUUGCAGCGCCUGGUUACCGCUGUUGUCAGGGGGAUCACCGAUGCUGUGCGGACCCUGUAUGCCUCUGGCUUUCGCCACUUCCUUCUUUUCGACACGCUGCCAAUCGGCUGCACCCCCCUCAGCCUUGCAACCAUUGCUGAAGCCCAGGGCCAGCUUUUAGACGAGCCUGCCCCCUCGUACUGCAGCCCUGCACACUACCACCACUUCGACUCCAUGUCGACCGCCCUCAAUCUUCGCCUGCCUCGCGCACGCGUCCCCUCCCGUGCCCUCAUCCUGCUGAUCGCAGCCGUCCAUUUCCUGGCUUGGGAGUGCCGCGCUGCGGCCCGUUCCCCCGUAGACGAUGCCCCGUGGCCCGCGCAACACGGCCUGAGGGGACGAGGGCUGGCUGGCGCAAGCGCGUCAGCCCCAGGCGCUGCUAAGCGGGGGGAGCGCAAUUGCGCGCUAGCGCGCCCUGGUCGCAAGUUCGGUGCGAUCUACACGUUUGGCGACUCGCUCGCUGACGUCGGGAACAACAACUAUGGCGGGCCGCUUUUUUACCGCGCGAAUUUUCCUCCCUACGGGAUGAAUUUCAUCCCCGCUAGUGGCAGAUUCAGCGAUGGGAAACUCAUCAUCGACUAUCUCUCGGAAUAUUUUGAGCUGCCCGCCGCCCCUGCGGCUUUCCAGCCUGGCAUCAACAGCAGUGCCGCCCAAAGCGGACUCAACUUCGCCAGCUCAGGGGCGGGAGUGCUGGACGCCACGAAUGUGGGGCAGGUCUUCCCUCUCUCUGCGCAGCUCGCACGAUUUUCAGAGCUUGGCGGCCUGCAGGCGCCAGCGAAGCCCUCAAGACCGGCGCUAGCGAUCAUAUCAGUGGCGACAGACGACUACCUCGUGUUCCUCGCCCGCGGGGACAGCACCCAGUCGCAGAGCCUCAUUGCCGCUGUGAUCGCCGGGAUUGCCAACACCGUCCAGACCCUCUAUGCUGCGGGCUUUCGCCAUUUCCUGCUUUUCGACACGCUGCCUAUUGGAUGCACCCCCAUCGCCCACGCCACACUUGCUGAGUCUCUCGGCCAACCAUCCAAUGUGCCUGCACCUUCUACCUGCAAUCCUGCAGUGAAUCAGCUUACAGCGGGGCACAGUGCUACUCUUGCUCUGGCAUUGAGUGGUUUAAGGGAUGAGCUUGAAGGUGCUACAGUAGUGUACGCUCGGACCCACGCGCUUAUGCAGGCUAUUGUGGAGACGCCUCGGGAUUACGGGUUGAAUGUGGGAACGUCCGCGUGUUGUGGUGCCCCUCCUCCAAUCAACGGUCUCGUGCAAUGUGGAACGUCGAUCUUCAUAUCCAACGGCACGCAAUCCUCCACACCUGCAACGCUGUGUGCCGACAGCCAAUCGCGCGCCUUCUGGGACUUCGUGCAUCCAUCGGAGGCAGCCAAUCAGGUGGUGGCUCGAGCUCUUGUGUGUGCGCUGCAAGCCGGAGUGUGCGACGCCGAUUUGGUUACGUUUGCAAACAGAGACGACUGUUAUCGCCGCAAGCCGUGA